AUGGUUGCGGUUUGGAUUAGACUCCCCGAAUUGCCUAUCGAAUACUAUGAGUUGAGUGUUCUUAGAGAGGUGGGUAACACCAUUGGUCCAGUCCUCAGGAUAGACUCAAACACAACAACGAAGGUGCGAGGUCGAUAUGCCUGUAUUUGUGUCCAGGUGGAUCUGAACAAGCCUCUGGUGCAAAAAAUCCUGCUUGAAGGCUGGGUUCAGGAAAUCCAAUAUGAGGGCAUCAAUACCCUUUGCUUUUCUUGUGGGCGAGUUAGGCAUCGGCAGGAAGGAUGCCCGUACACGGUUAGGGCUGAGCCAUUCAUUCCUCAAACUACAACUGAGGCUACGUCAACAGCGGACGAUUUAGUUGGUAAUGAACGAGAUGGGGCCCACGACGUGGAUAGUGGCAAAGGUUCUGAUAUUCAAAAUUUUGGACCGUGGAUGUUAGUCCAGCGUAAAAAACCUUGGACCAGGUCGCCAGGGUCACGUGACAAUCACCAAAAACUCGCUCCAGUGCAUGGUUCUAAAUCUUCAGGUAAUCUUGAGACCCAUACCUCUCGAGCGCCACGCCCUGACUCUCGAAGUGAUUUGGCUGGGGCUUCGGGGUCUACGGAUGGGAAAGGAAGGAAAGGGAGAAAAGACCACUCAGUAGACACUGCAGACAAAACUGAGGGUAAAGUCUCGGGUAAGGGGAUGCCCGUUCCUUUUUCUUUUCAGUUUGGCAGUCCAGCUCGUAACCAAGCCUCUCCUGUUAGCUAUCCCGGUGGUAGUGCGACGAUUUUUGCGGCAUCGAACCAGUGCAGUGGGCAACUUGACUUGGGUUCAAACACACUGACUGAGAGUGGCCAAAAAUCAUGA